ACAGGUUCGGUGGCGCACGGGCGGAGGGCCGCGCUUCCAGCUGAGUUACCCCGGCCGAGUGAGGGGCUACAGGGCCAAGCCCUGGGCCAGUGGAGGCGGCGUCACCGCCCGUGGCAGGCAAGCCGAGGCGCACGGGCGGACACGUGUGGACGUCUGAGCGCUCCUGGACCAGGACGAGUGCACGCCGGGCCUAGUCCUCUGCGGAUUCCGCGGCAAGGUUCCUUAACGACUGCUUGAAGUUCCCGUGAUUGCCGAGAGGCUGGGCUUCGGAGGAAGGUAUCAAGAAACAAUGUUUCCUUAAAUUUGCUUCUGUAUUUGCCUCAUCAAUGUCAUUCAUAUUGAGUAUCUUAAGAGAGAUGCUGGAAUAUUUUGGUGUUCCUGUAAACCAGGUUUUGCAGAUUUGGGAAAAUAAAGACUAUGGAUCAGCUCGGAGUAUUGUUCGUAUUAUUGGGAAAAUUCUUCCUUUAGAACCUUGUCCCAGGCCUAAUUUUGAGCUGAUCCCACUCUUGAACUCUGUGGACCCAGCUAACUGUGGAUCUGUAGUCCCAUCUUUUGCUGACGUUUUGUAUGUGACGAAUGAUGAAGAAGCCAGUUAUCUCAGAUUUCGAAAUAGUAUAUGGAAAAAUGAAGAAGGGGAGAAAAUUGCUUCUUUCCAUCCUUUGCAACUAGUUGAAGAUCCAUUGACACCUGCUCUAAGGCAUAACAAACCAACAAAAAGUGAUUGGCCUGAAAGUGAAGCUGCAAUUAAAAAAAUAGCUGCCCUUGAAGAUGAGCUAGCUUUUCUUCGCUCUCAGAUUGCUGCAAUUGUGGGAAGGCAAGAACUGAGAAACAGUACAAAUUCUGGCUCCUUGGACUUGAAGAACGACAGACCUAGUGGUUUGGGACACAUGCCAUCAUCAGGGACUACUCAACUGAGUGUCGAACCAGAUUCGUUUUCAAGUUCAGUGUUUCCCUCUCCUCCUCCUCCACCACCGCCUCCUCAGGUUUCUUCUCUACGGCCUCCAUGUUCUCCUCUCGUGCAAACAGCCUCUAAUAAUAUUUGUGCAUCAGAUAAUUCAGCAACUGAAGUGAAAAAACAGCACCCAGAUACUAGGAAAACCAAUUUUAGUCAUCAUUCAAAAAACCAUAAAGAUGUUCCAAACAUGUUGGAUGUUCUGAAGGAUGUGAAUAAGGUUAAGCUACGUGCUAUUGAAAGGUCCCCUGGGGGCAGACCCAUUCAUAAAAGGAAAAGACAAGACUCACCUUGGGAUCCAGUGUCUUUAAUAUCCCAUGCACUUAAGCAGAAAUUUGCAUUCCAAGAAGAAGAUUCCUUUGAGAAAGAAAAUAAUUCCUGGGAGUGUUCUCCAUUUUCUAGUCCAGAAACUUCAAGGUUUGGACACCAUAUUUCACAGUCAGAAGGACAUUGAACUAAAGGAAGAACUGACAAACACAGCAGGUAUAGCCCAAGCCACGAGCUACAGGGCUUGUGUCUGCACCUACAAGGCAGGAUUGCAGAAGUAUGCCAGCAUACGUAUCCCUACAUGUGAAAGGAUCUCACCUCCUGUUAAGGAAGUUAAAUGUAGUCUAUACACUGAGGUAUAUUAGUGCAGAGGUCUGAAGGAUCUUGACUCUUAAGAAUACCUGUCUCUGGUUUUAGAAGAUCCAGCAGUUAACUGGCUACUGAUGGUAGUUAGGGAAAUGGAUCUUUUUUUUUUCCCAUGUAUGUUAAUGUUAUUAAAAGCUGAAUGUAUACUUUGAGUGAUUCUCCUAAGAGCUAAAUAGUAAAUAAUUUAAUGUUUCUCAUUAGAGAACAGUAAGGUCUCAUUAUAAGGUGACAGAUGCCAUUUAAUGGAUUAAGAAAAUGUAAACUAAGUCUGUAUUGUACUACUCAACAGAUGAUAGUACAUUUGGAUUUUUAAAAACAAUUUCUUAAAGCAGUUAUGACUUUCUAACUUAAGAGCCUUUGAAUCUUUUAAAAAUUGGUAGUGAUCGGGGCUUCCCUGGUGGCGCAGUGGUUGGAAGUCUGUCUGCCGAUGCAGGGGAUGCGGGUUCGUGCCCCGGUCUGGGAGGAUCCCACAUGCUGCGGAGCGGCUGGGCCCGUGGGCCGUGGCCGCUGGGCCUGCGCGUCCGGAGCCUGUACUCCGCAGUGGGAGGGGCCGCAACGGUGAGAGGCCCUAGUACCGCAAAAAAAAAAAAAAAAAAAAAAAUUGGUAGUGAUCUGGUUCACUUGGCCUCCAGCAACUUGGAGAUUUUCAAAGAAUAUAAAAUUAUAAUUUGUUCAUUAAGAUAGUCAUACUUUGAAUCAUAGAUUGAACCUCCUGAAAAAUCUUCCUGAGGUGAUAAAAGAAUUAGAAGCUGAUUUUGACUGUUAAAUGCUAGAUUGUAGAAGUAUUUAAAGAAUCUUCUUGAUAAGU